AUGGCUUCACCACCGGCACUAUUUACAGCCUCUUGGGGACAGACACUGACAUAUUUAUUAGCCGUCUGUCCGUUUUCUAUUGCGUUUCUAGUCUUCAUCAAUUCCUCCGUAUCAUUCGUGGUGACAGAUCUCAUAGGUCUUCACAAGGGAGAGGGUGAUGCCGUUGGAACAUUAGGAUUUGCUGAUGAACUUCUUGCUCUUGUGGCCUGCCCGAUCUGGGGUGUCCUUUCCGAUCGGAUUGGAGUACGCCAUGUGUGUACUGUUGGCUAUGCGAUAAUUGCUCUUGCAUUAGUUCUGUUUGUGCAGGCCACAAAUAUCUAUCCGCAGCUUCUUCUGGGCAGGCUCCUGUUCAGCAUUGGCGGCUCCGCCGUGUCGACCAUGGUCACCGCCGUCCUCCCCACAGUAACAGGAGAGGCUCUUCGAUAUCAAGCCUACCGGCAAUCUGUUUCAUCAGACCUGACUAUCACGCCGGAGAGGGUGAACAAUCAUCGCAAUCGCCGAAAGGAUGCGGGUAACCUUAGUUCAUCCCCCUCCGCUCGGCUUUCCGGGUUUGUCGGACUCUUUGCUGGAUGUGGCGCUUUAAUUUCCCUAGCCGUCUUUUUGCCGCUCCCAGCCCGAUUUGAGAAGCUAGGCCUUUCGCCCACUGAAGCUCUUCAACGUAGUUAUUAUCUAGUUGCUGUUGUCGCCCUCCUUAUCAGCUUUGCUAGCUUUAUUGGCCUUCGAAAUCUACCCGGUGAAGAGAAGAAAGGAUGGGGAUCACUAUGCAAUAUCUACUCUUCGCAGUACCACGAUGAGGAUGAUCAUGACAAUAACCUGGAUGGGCCUGCCCAGCUGUCGUAUUGGAAGCAACUGACCACGGCACUGCUCCUCGGGUUCCGAAAUCGCAGCAUCGGACUAGGUUAUGUGGGAGGAUUCGUCGCCCGGGCGUCGUCAGUUGGGAUCUCGCUGUUCAUCCCGCUAGCUGUCAAUCACUACUAUCGCGCAUCAGGCCUAUGCGACGAGGGCCGUGAUCCAGUCUCUGGAACGGGCCUGGGCGAUAUCAAGAAGGCGUGCCCGCGGGCAUACAUUCUCGCAUCGAUCCUGACCGGCGUCUCGCAGCUGGUUGCUCUUUUUGCUGCACCGGCCUUUGGAUAUUUAACGGAUAAAUCGCGCCGAUACAAUUUCCCCCUUCUCGUGGCCGCCUUGGUCGGGGUGGUCGGCUACUUGGCCUUUGCCAUGUUGCCAAACCCCCAGUACAAAGGUCCUGAUGGGAAUGCGGGGGUAUUUGUUGUGAUGGCCCUGAUCGGAAUCAGCCAGAUUGGCGCGAUUGUCUGCAGUCUCGCAGUGCUGAGCAAUGGCAUUUUGCGGGUCAGCAUCGAGGACGAGACGCUACAGAAAGUAUACGAUACGCAGCAUUUGUCGCAUCUCAAGGGCUCCAUCGCCGGCGUCUACUCACUCUACGGUGGGGCUGGGAUCCUCAUUCUCACGAAAUUGGGUGGGUUGUUAUUUGAUGUACUGUCGUCUGGAACCCCAUUCUAUAUCAUGGCCGUUUUCAAUGGCAUCCUGCUUAUCACGGGGAUCGUGUGUGGGGCCAUGAAUCAUGUUGCUUCCAUCAAGGAAGCAUCCGCGUGA